AUGUUUGUUGAUUAUUCCGGACUGGAGCGUUACACGGAUAUAAAUGCAUCUUUUGGUAAGUUGGUCAACACUUACUGCUGUUUUCAGCGCUGUGAAGCCAUCAGCGAACAAUUGGAGAUUCUGAAAAGUCUAGUACCAAAGUGCCACGACAUUGUGGCACUUACUGACGAAGACUUUGCUAGUGGCCGUACUGCCGGACUGACGCAGAAAUUGUUUGCUAUGGCGAUGACCCUACACCAGAUCACCGACUGUAUCGACCUCCUGCAGAAAUGCAACACCAUAAUACCCAUCGAGAUCGCCAACCCGGCUAGCUUUGAAAGCGGCGCCGCGACGGCGCCGCUACGUCAAAGCUAUGCUAGGCUCUUGGAUGACUGGUCCCACUACAUGGGCCCAUCAACGGUAAAACACACAGGCUGUACCAACCGACCCAAGUGGAGAUUUCCCUGGCAACAGUCACGGACUAUCAUCAUCCCCAUGCUGUUUAUUGGCGAAACUGCAAUGAGCACCAGGGACCUAAGGUCUGUGCUGCAUGAUUGUGAGAUCAGGCACGCGAGCGAAAUGCCGCUGCAGCUACUUUGGACGUCGUCACCGGAGUUGGUGUACGCCACACCGCAUGUUGACGACUACGACAUUUGGUCGCGCUACGGGUCUGAUUACAACAUGCAGAUAGAGGACGAAGACGAAGCAUCAAAAGGGCGACAGCGCAAGUGUGUGGUGCAGUUGGAGGCACUGUUGGGUGCGCUACCUACUACGGACCCGUUGUUCCAAUGGUAG